GAAGACAACGAUUUAAGCCUUAACGAAGUUUGUAGUGAGGACUCCAAUUUACAAUGUGAAAAAAGAAGAAAAUUAGAUGGUGAAAAAUCAUGCGAAAAGCAGGAUCCUUCUUGUGCACAGUCAACAUCGGCAUCAGAGAACAUUGACCUGUCGUGCUCAUUGUGUUCAAAAAUUUUUUAUGAUGUGUGCUCCUUACAAAGGCAUACAAUAUUAGAGCAUAUGAUAAAAAUGGACGAAACAAAGUUAGUAAAUCAAAAUUUUCAGCCAUCUAGAGCGGCGCUUUGCGAAAAGUAUAAUUUGUUGAUAUGUCAGCUAUGCAACCUAGAACUUCCCAAUUUGGCCACCUUUGGUGCUCAUAUGCGAACACAUAUCUCACAGCAGCAUCUUAACUGUUCAGUUUGUGGCUGCGAGUUUGAAUCUGCUGAGGAUCAUAUAAGCAGUCAUUUGAGGGAAAAUCGUUGUUACCUAUGUAUUGCCUGUAAUGCCCGUUUUGAGAAGAAGGAACUGUUGUUAUCACAUGUUCAGACUAAUCAUAGCCAACACCUUCAGUCUUUCAGUUGGAAUAACAGUAGCCCCCGUACGCAUCAGUCAAACGGUGAAGGUGUUGAUAGCCGAGGAACAGAAGGUUCCAGUCUUAUU